CCCGGAUUCUGAUAUUUGUCUUUCAAUCAUAUUCAGACAAGUCUCUGGCGUUCUCAUCCAGUGUCCAGAGCGCCGGGAAGUGGACGUGUUAUCGUGUUCGUGCAAACAUGGAGAGCUAGUCGUCUCGUGGGGAACUGGAGCAGGGCUGGCUGCAAUCUAUAUAUCUCUAUGUUCCCAGACAGAUGAUCUUCACUUUUCCAGGCUCUGUUUAUCAUCACAUUCAAGAAAGAUUGUCGUUUUGAAUCCGGCAUCAUGGCUUCUGUCAUUUCAUACCUCAAGUCCGAAUGGAGGGCGAUCUUGAUUUGUUGCUUCAUUUGUAUUGGAGCCUUUCAAUUUGGCUACGAUAGCUCAUACUUCUCUGGCAUUCUGGCGAUGCCCGAGUUCUUGAUGGACUACGGUUCCAAGGACCCCGCCACAGGCGAAUACAUGCUGUCUGCAGGAAAGCAAUCCCUCGUUACUAGCAUUAUCAAUGCCGGCGAAUUCGUUGGUGCCGUCUCAUCAUACUAUAUUGGAAGUAAGAUCGGUCGAAAAGGUGGACUUUACGUCUCGAGUGUCUGCGUGGUUGCAGGCGUCAUUUUCCAAGUGUCUGCACCUCACGAAGGGCUUCUCAUUGCUGGUCGACUUGUUCUUGGGUUUGCUGUUGGCCUCAUUUCAUGCUUUAUUCCACUCUACGUCGCAGAUUGUGCACCAGCCCGAGUUCGAGGAGCAUUAGUCUCUAUGUAUCAAUACGUUAUCGGUCUUGGAUUGAUUCUUGGUGUCAUCAUUGACAACUCUACCAAAGAUCACACCAACACGGGAGCAUAUAGAAUACCAAUGGCUGUGCAAUUGAUCUUCCCAAUGAUCCUCGUUUCCGGUCUGCUAUUGUUUGCACCUGAAUCACCCCGAUGGCUCAUUGAGAAGAACCGACCAACGAAAGCUGAACAAUCACUUCGAAGACUCCAUGGUAAUGAUGCCGAGAAGAUCCAGCAGGAGAUGGAGAUGAUACAUCAGACAAUCGAAACUUACAAUGAUGGUCGAGAGUCGUCCUGGAAAGAUGUUUUCACAUGGGGUCCAGAGGGACGCAAGGCAUAUCUUGGCUUCGCUCUUCAAGCUUUCCAGCAAGCCUCGGGUAUCAACUUCAUCACCGGUUACGGAAUUGUUUUCUUCAUCCAAAUUGGCAUUGAUAAUCCUUUCAUCAUUCAACUCGGUCUGUACCUCGUCGCCAUGCCUGCUAUCUGGAUCUCACAAUACUCCAUCGAACGCUUCGGAAGACGCCCAAUCAUAUUGAUCUCUGGAGGACUCAUGGCUGCAACAUCUAUCAUCAUGGGAGCGUGCGGACUCACAAAGGAGAAAUCGUACGCUCUGGAUCAGGCAAUCGUCGCUAUGGUAUACAUCUUCUUGGUUGUCUUCAACCUAGGCUGGGGACCAACUGUUUGGGUGUUGACCUCCGAGAUAUCGACUGGCAAGAACCGAGGCAAGCUGAUGUCGUUCUCCACUGGCACAAAUUGGCUCUUCACCUGGCUUGUGAGCUUCACAUUCCCAUAUCUGUUCAAUGCAGAUGCAGCGGAUUUGGGUGCCAAAGUCGGCUUCAUCUAUGGAUCCCUUAUGGUUGCCGCCUGUGUCUGGACAUACUUUCUAUUGCCUGAGACUGCUGGACGCUCGCUUGAGGAACUUCACCUUAUGUUCGAGAUGGGACUACCAGCAAGAAGGUUCAAGUCCUAUGUUUUCCCAGAGAUACCAAUGGACAUGGCAAAGAAGGAUUUGACCGUGGUUCAAGUUGAGGGAAAUUCUAAGUUCGAGAAUGUUUGAGGAUGGGCCCACUGUUGAUUUCAGAACUGCAG